AUGUCACUAUCAGCUGCAGCUAAUAAGAUCUCGGAUAAUGACUUUCAGAAUAUAGGUCCAGCUCCUCGGCCCCCUGGAGUUGCAAAGCAACCAUCGGGGUAUAAUCAGACACAACCGAUCACUAAGUUCUCUAGUCAGUUCGAUAUUCAUCGCAACGUGGGUUCGAGAUCUAUCUCACAAUCAUCGAUGCACUUCAAGAAAAGAGCAGGUUGGGUUUCUUAUAAGGAUGAUGGACUAUUGUCCUUCUUAUGGCAGAAAAGAUAUUUGGUACUAAAUGAUUCUUAUCUGGCUCUUUACAAGAAUGAUAAGGUAUCCGAGGAUCCCGUGCUGCAAAUUCCAAUAACGAGUAUAGUGAGUGUGAGUAGGAACCAGUUGAAGCAGAAUUGUUUUGAGAUCGUACGCUCUAGUGAGCGGAUCUCUUCGUCUUCUAGUUCAGUCUCUUCAUCGGGAUCUAGUGGUUCAGGAAGUGCAGGAGACUCGGGCUCAAGGAAAUCAAUAUAUAUCUCGCCAAAGACCGAGCAGGAAUUACACAGUUGGUUAGACGCCAUCUUUGCCAAAUGUCCUUUGCUGAGUGGUGUUUCUUCACCGACAAACUUUACGCACAAAGUUCAUGUGGGGUUUGAUCCUGAAACUGGUAGCUUUGUUGGUAUGCCAUCCAAUUGGGAAAAACUGCUGAAGCAUUCUAGGAUCACGGGUGAGGAUUGGAAUAAUGAUUCUGCUGCGGUGAUUCAGGUUUUACAAUUUUAUCAAGAGUACAAUGGCAUUUCUGGUCAGCCGCAAUCGAAUCCGCCCAAGGUUGGGAGCUCUUUGAGGAAUGUUAGUAGCAAUAACAAUUACAAGAAUCUAAAUGGGAGUAAUACAUCUGUGAAUCCAGCUGGCUUGUUACCACAGAGACAAGCUCCCGCUACUCCUAAUGCAAAACCUCCGAGAUCGGCGGAAAAAGCGCCAUUACCUCAAUCACAGACAAAGACACCAUCACCACAACACAUCUCACCAUAUCAGCAGCAGCAGCACCACCAUAAAUACCCACAACAGGCCCAUGCGCAACAGAUAAGGACCGGCCAAUCAACUAAUACAACUCCUCUUGCACAGCGCACUUUGCCUCGCAAUAACUCUCAGCAAAACUAUUAUCAACAACAGCAUGCGCAUCAGCCAUCUCCUUUAAAAAUGAAUGGGUAUAGACCACAUCAUAAUAUGGUCAAUCCAUACGCUAAGCAACAACCUGUGCUCAGUUCGAAUCCUUCUCAGCAAAGUCUACGAAAUGAUAACUAUGAGAAUGUACCUCUCAGACUGCAUCCAGAAAGGGUGGCUCCUAAACCUCCAAUAUCGGUUGUAACUCCUCAACAUACUAACGGGCCAAACCGUGAUCCUAUGUCUGCUGGUGCUGGCGCUAUGAACCAACCGGGGGCUGGCCAGCCAUCUCCGGCAACCCAAAACCCUCCAGGAAAGGCAUUACAGCCCAUGAGGCAGGCUCCGAAGAAACCAACCGCUGAGCACAAGAAUGACGUUGGCGUAACCAAGCAAAGAAAGCCAGGUAGGCCAUCCAUGUCUAAUGCGGAGAUCAUGACAAAAUUGAAGAGUGUUACUUUCAACGUUGAUCCUUCGCCAUACUUCAAUAUGAUCGAAAAAGCGGGACAGGGUGCUAGUGGUUCUGUUUAUUUGGCACAGAGAAUACAACUUCCUCCCAGACUCGCGGAAGAGGAAAGGGACAAUAAUCAAGAGCCAUCUGAAAUAGGUGACAAAGUUGCAAUAAAACAGAUGAUUCUUUCAAAGCAACCUCGUAAGGAAUUGAUCGUCAAUGAAAUUUUGGUCAUGAAAGACUCUCGUCAUAAAAACAUUGUCAAUUUCUUAGAGGCUUACCUUAAGACUGAAGAUGAUUUGUGGGUUGUGAUGGAAUUUAUGGAAGGCGGCUCGCUUACGGAUAUAAUAGAAAACAGCCCAUCGAAUGGUGGAAAUUAUUCUCCUUUGACAGAGCCACAAAUCGCAUAUAUCGUUCGAGAAACCUGUCAAGGUUUACAAUUCCUACAUGACAAGAACAUUAUUCACAGAGAUAUCAAGUCUGAUAAUGUCUUGCUUGAUACCAAAGCACGCGUGAAGAUUACUGAUUUCGGGUUUUGUGCGAAAUUGACAGACAAGAGAAGCAAGAGAGCUACUAUGGUCGGUACUCCUUAUUGGAUGGCGCCAGAAGUUGUCAAGCAGCGCGAAUAUGACGAGAAAGUCGAUGUUUGGUCUCUGGGGAUCAUGUCCAUCGAGAUGCUCGAGGGAGAGCCUCCAUAUUUGAAUGAAGAUCCACUAAAGGCACUGUACCUCAUUGCGACUAACGGAACACCAAAGUUGAAGCAUCCUGAGACACUGUCCCUGGAGAUCAAGAGAUUCCUCAGCGUUUGCUUGUGCGUUGAUGUGAGAUACAGAGCAACGACAGAAGAGCUUCUACAUCAUACUUUUUUCAGUAUGGCAUGCGAUCCACAAGAUUUGUCCUCACUGCUAUCUUGGAAAAAGUAG